AUGGAACAAAAUAUUGGAAAUAAGGAUGUUGUUGAAGAGCCAAGAGCAGGAAUAUCAUUUUCAUCAGUUGAGGAAAUAAGGGCAUACUACACGAGUUAUGCAAAGCAUGUUGGGUUUGGAGUGACAAAGCAAAGUUCUAAAAUCGGAAAUAAUGGGAAAAUAAGGUAUUUCACUCUUACUUGUGUCCAUCAAGGUACGUCUGUGAGCACAACGUCGAAUAUUCUCAAACCAAGGCCGAUGGAACAUAACGAGUGCAAGGCAAAGAUCAAAGCCAUAUUAGGUUCCGAGGGAGAGUUUUGUUUGACCCAUGUUAUCCUUGAGCACAAUCAUGCUCUCAGUCCUGAAAAAGCAAGAUAUAUUAGAUGUCAUAAGAGGUUGGAUGAGUCGAGCAAGAGAAGAUUAGAAUACAAUGAUAUGGCUGGCAUUCAAUUGAGCAAUAACUACAAUUCUUGCGUCGCUGAGGCAGGAGGAUAUGAGAAUCUCACAUUUGGAGAAAGAGAUGCACGUAAUUACAUACGUGAAGUGAGAUUACUUCGCCUUGGGUUAGGAGGUGCCGAAACACUACAAAACUACUUCACUCGUAUGCAAUCGUAA